GCGAGUGUUUGUGGUGAAACAAAAUUGCCGUUUUUGCCAUUCUUCCCUAACCUCAGACAAAGACUAAAUCUCACGCUUGGCCAUCAUUUUGUUUUGUGUUAUUUUCCGAGCUACAGUAACAAAAAGCACCUUCUUACCAAACCCCAACCCCAAAAUUCAUAGGGUCCAUCGCCAAGGUAAAAAGCACAGCUGUGUCUGAACUGGUGUGGAUUUUUAAAAUGGCCACCUACCGCAAUCUCCACAUCAUCAACUACCACUCGGAUUAGGAAUUUCUGAGAGAUUCUCUUGGGAAGAAAAGAUAGUGAUACAAUAUGGAGACAGGAGUUUCUUCUAUGGGCUUGCAAUUAGGCACAUGGAUAAACCCGGAAAAUAUUGCAAGAAAACCAAACAAUUCUUUGCAUUUUUUUCAGAAGUAUGGGGAGCGAUCGAUGUACCAGGUACCUGCUAGUUGUCAUCUUCUAGCCACAAGUUUCAGUUUUCGUGGACCUAAAGUUUUAAGGGUCUCAUGUUCCGAUAAUAGUUCAGCUUCCUUGCUGGAGGCUGGCAGGUUUCCUGCCUUUUUCGAUGAAUCAAAGAUAAUAAAGAAUAAAUCGGAAGAGGUUGAACCAUAUUUGCAUGGUAGAUGUAUUUAUCUUGUUGGUGGGUACUCGUGCAUGAUGGGAUCGGGAAAAACAACUAUUGGCAAGGUUCUGGCAGAAGCCAUUGGAUAUUCAUUUUGUGACUGUGACAAAAUGAUAGAGGAGGCUGUUGGUGGAAGAACAGUGGCUGAAAUCUUCAAGUCAUAUGGCGAGAAAUUUUUCAGAGAUAACGAGGGUGUCACUGUUUGGUUGGACGUGCCUUUGGAAGCCUUAGCACAAAGAAUCACAACUGUUGGAACUCAUUCUCGGCCCCUUUUGCAUCAUGAAUCCGGAGAUCCUUAUUCUAAGACUAUGAAGCGGUUAUCUGCUCUUUUUGAAGAGAGGGGUGAAGCUUAUGCCAAUGCAGAUGUUAGAAUUUCUCUUCAAAAUAUUGCGGCCAAACUUGGAUAUGAGGACGUAUGCAAUCUCACCCCAACUGCAAUUGCAGUUGAGGUACUUGUACAACUCGAGAAUUUCUUGAAGAAUUAAGGUCAAAUAUUAACGAGUUCUUUUCGAUCUAUCGUCGUUGACUGCAUGAUUGCUAUGCUUCGAUUUUUCGGCUGUUUUGAGGCGUGGCAUGAAAUAAUUUGAAUUUCCUCGAUCGAGCUCAUGGUUAUGUUGUAUAUACUGUGCUUCUGUUUAGGAUAGAUAGGUUCCCUGGAUAUUGUUCCUUCGCCCCUUUUUUUUUGUCUGUUUGUUUGUAUUAUAUACAAGUAAACCAGUGGGAAUUGUUCCAUAUAUAAUUUAUAAAUAAGUAAAAUAUUUUAUAAUAAUAUUGUUCAUGUUUUAUAAUGAUCAAAU